AGUCCAAAUGAAACAUAAAAGCUCUCUUGGAUCGUUUUUUUACAUUGCCAAUGGAGAUUCCUAUUUUUAUGGUGGAUGCCUUUACCAACUUACCAUUCAAGGGGAACCCAGCAGCUGUUUGUCUUUUAAAACAUGAGCUGUGUGAUGAAUUGUAUCAGAAGAUAGCAGCAGAGAUAAACUUAUCAGAAACUGUCUUCAUCUCCACAAUCAAGCCUUCUGAGGAUUUCACAAAGGGUUCGAGGUUCAGGCUCCGUUGGUUCACGCCGACCACAGAGGUCAAUCUGUGUGGUCAUGCUACUCUGGCCUCUGCUGCUGUGCUCUUCAAACACAAGAAGAACUUGAAUUCUGCUGUGGUGUUUGAGACCAGGAGUGGAGAUCUGUCUGUUGUACAGCAGGGAGAAGAUUUGGUGAUGGAUUUCCCCCUCAACACACCCACCAAGCAGGCUCCAGAUCAUUUUAAAGACCUGAUCAAGUGUGUCCUCCAGGCCGCAGUCGGUGAUCAUCCAGUCCAAGAUGUUUAUUUUAGCUCCAACACUAAAAAACUUCUGCUCCGACUGGCUGACACACGUGACAGGUCAACGCUCACCAGUCUUCAAGUCAACCCUGAAGCCCUACUAAGCAGCGACAAGAGCGGGCAAGUCAAAGGCCUCAUAGUCACCAUGAAAGGAUCUCCAGACUGCCAGCCACCAUAUGACUUCUAUUCCAGAUAUUUUGCCCCUUGGAAUGGAAUCCCGGAGGAUCCUGUCACUGGUUCUGCGCACACCGUCCUGGGUAGCUACUGGUCGAAGGAACUGGGAAAGAAGAAACUGCUUGCACUCCAGUGUUCCAGGCGAGGUGGAGAGCUACAGCUCGAGGUGAGAGAAGAUGGAAGAAUCAACAUAGCAGGAAAGAGCGUCACCGUGCUCCAGGGAACAAUCGCACUGUAGACACCUGCAGAGAACAACACUUUUACUCUGUACCGCACUCUAAUACUGUACAAUCCACAUGUAUUUAAAACACCACUCACAGUGAGAGGUUAUAUAUUCAUCACGUUUUAUUAUUCACAAAGGCCACAGACCAAAGGGAAAAAAAAAAAAAAAAAAAGACACUACAGAAAAAAUACAAUCACAGAGAAACAUCCAAUAAAACAAAACUGGGCAAAAGGUAAAAAACAAAAGUUAAAUGAGUAGAGUCCCAUUUGGCCCAGAGAUUCAAAGUCAGUUUAGUGUAUCAUCAUCACAUUAGCUCUUAGACUACCGGUAAUUAAACCAAAGUUUAACCAAAAGCGUGUCAGUUCCUAUUGUCCUUCCUGUUUAGCAUUCGGUUGCUAUUAUUAUCUAAUCGAAUCACUUCUGUGACUCAAAAAUGUUCUUUGAUCAAAAUAGGAGGCUGUUCAUUUGGAGCAGUUUAAAUUACAAUAUAUUGUGCAAAACAUAGCAGUGUGACAUUUUAUUUUGUGUCCUUAAGUUUAGAAAUGACUGUCACUCAAAUGUAUGAAAAUAUGAAAUUAUGUUAGAUUAACAGAGGUCAAUUACAUAACACAGUUAAGUUAAAGAUAAAAAAAAAUCAAUUACUCAGUUAAAUAAGUUGACUAAAAACCGAUUAAUCGUGAGCACAAAUAUAACAGGGUUGCUGCACAGUCUUCAAACGGCGUUCAUUCGCUGCGGACGUCCUUGUGAUCACAGGAGCAUCAUGGGUAAGGCUCUGUCGGCUGACGGAGGGAGCUGGAUAAUGUGAGGAUAAUUAAGGAGGGUAAGGGGAGCAGUAAGAAUAGACACCUUUUAAAAGGCGUUAAAUGAAUUUUAAAUGCACGGUUGGAGAAGUUGUGCAUUUUGCCCUUCAGCUUCUCGUUACAAAACAGCAAGUUGUGCAAAAAGAUUAGGACACGUGCUUUCAACAGUUUAGAGGAGUUCAAAUUAAGGUCACAUGUAAAGGUUUUAGUGCAUUUUAGAUUCAUCCUAAAAUUUCACCCCAAAGCUGAAGUUAAAAAAAGUUCUUGAUCCACUAUCAAUUAAAUAAUUGCACACCGACAAAUGAAUUAAUUUGAUUUUGGAAAUAACAAACCCUUAAUAAAAGUAUAUUUAUAGUUUCAUCUCAUAAACAAAUUUAUAUAUUGUACACAUGGGCAAAACGUGAUCUCAAGUACUGUUAUAAAGCCAAAAUAAGGGAAAGGGUUAUAUUUAAAAAAAAAAAAAAAAGUCUGGUGUUU